CGUAAGAGGGUUUAAAUUCGAUGUUAGGAUUAUGAUGCCGGAAGAGAUCGUGAUCUCAAUUACCUCAAGAAAAGAUUUCGUAUCUUUCGUGACGCGAUGAGGAGUAGUAGUACCCUAAUCGACAGUUCGAAGUCACGUGCGUAGGCCCAAUUAAAAUUUAAAGCUAUUUCACUCAUCCACUGAACGUCUCAUCCCGUAAUUCAUCAUAGAGUGAAGGGAAUAUACGUUCUUUUACGCCUCCCACAUCUUACGGUUGCUCAUCCUAAUGCAGGGAAGGAUAUGUAUACGCAACCCAGCACUAAGGAUAAACUGUAACAAAGGAUCACCAGACUAUAUAAACACCGCGGAGCAUCAUUUUCUCAGUCCACAUAGAAUCUUCAUCGUUCAUACACCAAUAUGAAUUAUCACGAGUGUACGACAAUUGUCAUAGUACUAUCGUGUAUCGGUAGUAAUGUACUUGCUGGACUCUUACCGGGUGGUGGUGAAAGUGGUGGGUAUCAAUACAGACCAGGUAGCGGAUUCAAUGAUAGAUUCGGAGGUGGGGUAGGUGGUGGAUUUGGCAGAGGUGGUGCAGAUUUUGGUGGAUCUAACUUUCGAGAAAGACCUUCGGGAUUAUAUGGAACACCAGCUUUCGGAGGGGAUGGUAAUCGUGCCGGUAGUGGUGGUGGUGUAGGUGUUGGUGGUGGUACUGGGGGUGAUUUUGGAGGAGUAUCUUCUACUUAUGGGGCACCUGGAUUUGGUACCGGUGGUAACAGAGGAUACCAAGGUGGUUUUAAUGGAGAUUAUGGAAGGCCGCAACCGUAUAAUUUCCAAUAUCAAGUUUAUGAUCCACCAAGUGGAAACGAUUAUUCUCAACGCGAAAGUAGCGAUGGAAAUCUUGUACAAGGGGAAUACAGAGUACUGUUACCAGACUCGAGAACUCAAAUAGUAAAAUAUACAGCCGAUGAUGCUAAUGGUUACAAUGCUGAUGUUCAAUACGAAGGUCAGGCUCAAUAUCCACAAGACGGCAGAUACGGAAACAAUGGUUUCGGUAAUGGAAAUAUUGGAAGUAAUCAAUAUUUGCCACCGCGUGGAAAUUACCGGAAAUAAAUAAGAUUAUCAUUACUGGUUAAUAUAUUAUUAUUGAUGUACUCGUCCACGCUUGAGCAACAACAACAACAACAACAACAACAACAACAACAACAACAACCACCAUAGACCUCUUCACUUCUGUAAACGUUUUUUUUUUUUAUUAUUUAAUCGUGCAUAUUUGUCAUAUUUUUCAUCGUUCAUAGCUAUUU